CUCGCUGGCGGGUGGCCGAGGCGCGCGCGGGCCCGAGAGCGCCGCCGCCCUCCGACCUUCGCCCCCGGCGCCGCGGCCAGCCCCGCCCCUGCUGGCAGCUGCCUCCCGGCCCAAGAUGGCGGCUGAGGUGGAUUUCGGCGACUUGGAGCUGUUCGAGGCGUUUGACCCGCCGGAGGAGGCGAUUCCCAAGCCCGCGCACACCCGCUUCAAGGACGACGACGACGUCGAGGAGGACGAGAACGGCGUGGAGGACGCGGGGCUGCGGGAGCGCCUCCGCCAGUGCGAGGAGACCGUCGAGCGGCUGCGGGCCGAGAAUAGGGAAUUGAAGAGGAAGUUGAAUAUUCUGACCCGACCGAGUGGAAUAUUGGUCAACAAUACUAAGAUAGAUGGACCUUUGUUACAGAUUCUGUUUAUGAACAAUGUUAUUUCAAAGCAAUAUCAUCAAGAAAUAGAGGAAUUUGUAUCACAUUUGGCAAAAAGAUUUGAGGAACAGCAAAAAAAUGAUUUAGAAAAGACUUCCUUUAGUCUUUUACCCCAGCCAUCCAGCAUUAUGCUAGAAGAGGACCAUAGAGUAGAAGAAUCCUCUGCCGUUAAAAACAACAAGGAAGCGUUCAGUGUUAUAGGAAGUGUCCUGUAUUUUACUAAUUUUUGCCUUGAUAAAUUGGGGCAACCGCUACUAAAUGAAAACCCUCAGCUUACCGAAGGAUGGGAAAUACCCAAGUACCAGCAAGUCUUCAGCCACAUUGUUUCUCUAGAAGGGCAAGAGAUACAAGUAAAGGCAAAAAGGCCAAAGCCUCACUGUUUCAAUUGUGGUUCGGAAGAUCAUCAAAUGAAAGACUGUCCGAUGCCUCGGAAUGCUGCUCGCAUCAGUGAAAAGAGGAAGGAGUAUAUGGACGCAUGUGGCGAGACCAACAGUCAGACUUUCCAGCAGCGAUACCACGCAGAGGAGGUGGAGGAGAGGUUUGGCAGAUUCAAGCCUGGGGUUAUCAGCGAGGAGCUUCAGGACGCUCUGGGGGUGACAGACAAGAGCCUUCCACCUUUUAUAUACCGGAUGCGCCAGCUGGGGUACCCGCCGGGGUGGCUCAAGGAGGCUGAGCUGGAGAACUCUGGCCUCGCACUCUAUGAUGGAAAAGAUGGCGCCGACGGGGAAGCAGACGCUGCGGAGGGUCAGCCACAUAAAAAUGUCACCUACGAUCUGUCCAAACUGGUUAACUAUCCUGGGUUUAACAUCUCCACUCCUCGAGGGAUCCCAGAUGAGUGGAGGAUGUUCGGCUCCAUCCCCAUGCAGGCCUGCCAGCAGAAGGAAGCGUUUGCCAACUACCUUACUUCUAACUUCCAGGCACCCAGCGUGAGGUCUGGCUCCAAGAGGUCCUCGUGCCAGUCCAGCCCUGCCAGUCCCAAGAAGCAGAGGAAGGAAGGCAACUGCGCGGCCCUGCCGGCCGACAUGGAGCUCGACUCGGAUGUGGAGGGCCCGCCUGGCUCUCUGAGUGGCGAAGCCUUUAAGUUCCAGCCGCCGUUGCCCCCUGGCACUCCCCCGCCGCCCACCUUCGUCCCCCCGCUGCCCAAGGGCACACCUCCGCUCACUCCCAGUGACUCGCCCCAGGCGCGGAGGGCCUCUUCGAGCAUGGACGAGGACGCACUGACCCUGGAAGAACUUGAAGAGCAGCAGAGGCGCAUCUGGGCGGCCCUGGAGCAGGCCGAGAGCGUCCACAGCGACUCCGAACUUCCCGUUGACACCCCCUGCACUGGGAAUUCAGUCGCUUCUUCCCCGGGGCCUUGUCCAAGCGAGCUGGACCCUCCUCUGGCAGAGGGACAGGCAUCUGGGAAGCAAGGGCCGGAGGAGCCUGAGCCGGCGAACUCCUGUCAGAAGGAGCCGGAAGCCAGCCCUGCGAGUCCCGCCGCGCCAGAGCUCUGUCAGGAGCGGGAGGAGUCAGCCGAGGUCGACUCCAGAGGGGCGCUCGACAAUGGCGAUGCUCUGUCAGACAGUGAUCUGAGGAACGGCAGCGGCCUGAAGCCCCUUCCGAUGGAAGCCAGUUCUUCAGCCACUGCAGGGACGCUCUCGGCCGCCAGUCCUUCACCUGCCGCUAAAACACAUAGUCCUGUACCUGACAUGAGCAAGUUUGCAACUGGAAUAACACCGUUUGAAUUUGAGAACAUGGCGGAAUCUACGGGAAUGUACCUCAGGAUAAGAAGCUUGUUAAAGAACUCUCCUCGGAACCAGCAAAAAAACAGAAAGUCUUCUGAAUAACAGCUUGACACAAUAGCGCCAAGAACUGAUUCAUUGUAAUCCCGGCCUGCUCACUGGUACUGAAUGGAAAGACAAGAUUCCUUUCCUCUCUGUCCCUCCCAUGUGUCAAAUGGUCCAAGGCUUCGCUGUGUUCGGGCCUGUUUUAAGGAAUGGAAGAACUGGACUCACUGGCGUACUGUAUUUUAUUCUCUCUGAUGAGAAUUGGGGCGGGGUGGGUCACUGCGAGUGGAUAUCAAGAUUGUUUAUUAAGGUUUAUACUAUUUUUGGAUGUGUCUGUCAGGACUGAUGGUUUUUAUGUCUUUUGUACAUUGUUUUCCUUUCUAUAUUUUGCUAAUUAUCUUGUAUAUAAGUUUAAUAUAUCACUUUUUAAAAGAAAACUUCUAACCAUUUUAAAUUCAUAUUUCAAAUCUGAUAACCAAAUGAGAAAAAUCAGGGAUGAGCAGCUUUAUCCCUUUUGGGGUAUUUUUGUACAUGAUUUACAUGCAUCCGUUUUAAUAACACUUUUUUUGUAACCUCAUUCUUCAUAUAAGCUUGCUAUGCUGGUAUGUUCAUCUUUGUGUGUACAAAGAUUUAAUAAAUUAGUUUUCAUAUACAUCA